AUGACCUCCAAAGAUCCCACGGUUAUGGAGGACCGGAGACGCAGCGCGCUGGACCAGCUCCCGCCGCCGGCCAACUCCAACAAGCCCCUGACGCCAUUCAGUAUAGAGGACAUCCUGAACAAGCCCUCGGUAAAGAGAAGUUACUCCAGCUGUGGGACGGCGAACCUGCUCUCCUCCAUCGAGAAGAUGUCCUCUUCAGGUCAUAGCCUGUCCAGCCGGGCGCUUUUCACCCAAACCUCCCCGCUCUGCGCUCUGGAGGAGCUCGCCAGCAAAACCUUCAAAGGGCUCGAAGUCAGUGUUCUUCAAGCUGCGGAGGGUAAGUCUGGACAGUCAGAUCUUUGUUUGUCCGAUUUAGUUAUGUACAGACUGUGUAGCCUAGUGUAAUUCAGUUUAUGGUCUACUACAAAUUCAACAAACGAAAUAUAUAAGAAUGUCAGGUCUGUGUGUGAGUGUGCCUGCAUUGGGUCUGUUCACACACAUAUUUCUUUCAGAAUUUGAGUAUUGAAUAAAGCACGAUGCAUAUUUUUCCACAAUGAGACUUGCCAAAGAGCUUAAAACUGAGAAGGAACAAAAAAAAAUUAUCCUGGAUUUCUGCAAAAUAUGUGUAUCGAAUUGGUUAUUCUUAUGUGAACAAAAUAGAUUAAAUAUGACUAGUUCCACCAUGUAAAAACGAAUAAUUAGCUCAUACUUAAACAUGGAGCAAAAUACUACUCCACAUAAUAAUGCAAACUAAUUUAAGAUUUAGUUUAAGAUUAUUAUUUUUAUUAGGCCUAUUGUAUCACAUUAUUAUUAUCGUCUGUUAUUACGAUACGUUUAGCCUGUUGACCGUAUUGGUGUUGUUGUUAUUGUUGGUGGUGGUGGGUUUAGAGGCGAAAUACAUGCAUAGGCCUCUUAUUAUUUUAGCAGUUAUUGCUCUAAGGUUUCUUGGAGCGACAUUAUGCCUGGUGAUUCACUAAAUGCCUAUAGGCUAAUAUCCCUAUCCUCUAUAUAUCCUCUCACAGGCCGAGACGGCACGACACUAUUCGGUUCGCGGAAUAACCCCAAAAAGCGCCGGAAGUCUCGCACGGCCUUCACCAACCACCAGAUCUACGAGUUGGAAAAGCGCUUCCUUUACCAGAAGUACCUAAGUCCAGCUGACCGCGACCAAAUAGCACAGCAGCUCGGCCUCACCAACGCGCAGGUCAUCACCUGGUUCCAAAACCGGCGCGCCAAGCUCAAACGCGACCUGGAGGAGAUGAAGGCGGAUGUCGAGUCGGCCAAAGCCGUGGGAACCGUGUCGUUCGAGAAGAUGGCCAAACUAGCCGAACUGGAGAAAUGCGCAGCUAACGGCGCGACGGGCCCUAACAGAUCUGAGUCAACCUCGCUAUUGAACCAUGAGCGCAACACCUCGAACAAACUCUUAUUGUCCUCCCCUUCGUCGCCAUAUACAGACCACACUAGCAGCAAGGGCUGCUCCGAGGAUGAGGAGAUUGACGUGGAUGACUGA